AUGGCUGCGCUCUGCGGGCUGGCGGCUCUCCGUACUGGGCGCUGUCUGUGGAGGCUUCCUGCGCGCCUGUCUGCGGGGCUCCCGGGCUGCUGGCUCCGGAGGGGCUACGUCGUGGGCCGCGCUGAGGGUCCUCCCACCUUUGGCUUACUAUUUGACAUUGAUGGAGUGCUGGUUCGAGGCCACAGAGUGAUCCCAGCUGCUCUGGAAGCAUUCAGCAAGCUGUUAAACUCCAAGGGACAGCUGAGGGUACCUGUGGUUUUUGUCACAAAUGCUGGGAACAUCUUACAACAUAGCAAAGCCCAGGAGUUGUCAGGCCUGCUGGGAUGCAAGGUGGAUCCAGACCAAGUCAUUCUCUCUCACAGCCCCAUGAAACUCUUCUUACAGUACCACAACAAGCGGAUGCUAGUGUCUGGGCAGGGACCGCUGGUGGAAAACGCCAGAGCACUAGGCUUCCAGAAUGUGGUGACGGUAGAUGAGCUACGAUUCGCCUUCCCAGAGCUGGACAUGGUAGACCUUGAGCGGCGGCCGAAGACCACGCACCUGAGGAAUGACUUCUCUGCCAUUGAAGGGGUUCUUCUUCUUGGGGAGCCAGUCCGCUGGGAGACAAGUCUACAGCUGAUUUUGGAUGUCCUCCUUAGCAAUGGAAAUCCUGGGACUGGCCUGGUGACAGUUCCAUAUCCCCACCUUCCUGUCCUGGCUAGCAACAUGGAUCUCCUGUGGAUGGCUGAAGCCAAGAUGCCCAGGUUUGGUCAUGGCACAUUUCUGCUGUGCUUGGAAACCAUCUACCAGAAAGUAACAGGCAAGGAGCUGAAAUACGAGGGCUUGAUGGGCAAACCCAGCAUCCUUACUUAUCAGUACGCAGAGGACAUAAUCAGGCAGCAGGCUGAGAGACGGGGCUGGUCUGCCCCCAUCAGGAAGCUCUAUGCUAUAGGUGAUAACCCUGUGUCUGACGUCUAUGGUGCCAACCUAUUCAACCAGUACCUGCAAAUGGCAAAGCAUGGAGAGAAGGGACAUGGGGCUGGUGGGUACCAGAAGCAGCGGCCUUCAACAACCCAGAGCUGUGCCUCCAUUCUGGUAUGCACUGGCAUACACAAUUGUCAGGACCCAGGCCCCGAAGGGCCGACUUCUGGAGGAGCAGAGCUUCCAUUCCACGGGCACCGAGACUUCCGCUUCAGUGCAGAGCUCCUAGAGGCAUCCCACGUUGUCCAUGAUGUGAAUGAAGCUGUGCAGCUGGUUUUCCAUCGGGAGGGCUGGGCAUGAGAGUAAGGAGUAAGGCAGAGGCAAGGGACUAUUGGGCCCUUCGCCUUAGGGAAUCCUGCGUGCCAGGCUGUGGGCCAGGUCACAGGCAUCAAGUCCCAGCCUGGCCCCUUGCCACUAGAAUGAAGAAGACUGAAGCUUUAGAUGCUAUAGAAUGACCUUUGGGCAGCAUUUCAGGAGGGGGGAUGGAUUUCUGACCCUUCCUGUGUCUGAAGUCUGACCUCAUGCCGUUUCCUUUACCUCUGUGCCUCAGUGUCCUCCUCUCAGUGAGGACUUUUCCCCCCAAGACAGGGUUUCACUAUUGCAGCUCUGGCUGUCCUAGAACUCGCUUUGUAGACCAGGCUGCCCUUGAACUCACAGACAUCUGCCUUCCUCUGCCUCCUGAGUGCUGGGAUCAAAAGUGUGUGCCACCACACCUGCCUCAGUGAGGACUUCUAACAACAGGGACAGUGUGAAAUUAUUUGGAAACUUCUGGAGAGCCUUUGUUCUCACCGAAGGAACCUCUGCAUGCCAGUGAGAUGUGUACUGAUAACACUCUUAGUAGUUUUCACUGUGUUUUAGAGUAUUGCCCACAGACUUUGUGGGUUUUUUUUUUUUUUUUUAAAUAAAAACUAUCCUAAUAUUUGUAA